UCUCAAAGAAUGGUAAAAAGGUUUUAUCGCACUCUAAGUCUCUCAACAGUAAGAGUUUGCCAAAUGGUAUGGACCCGGUUUUGGCUAAGAAUUUAGGUAAAAAUAUAUUAAAUCAAAAUGAAGUCUAUGAUAAAUACAAAGAAGCCGCCUGUCAUUACGCAAAGUACCGAAACGCCGCUAUUCUUGAGUUUGAGUGCAGUUUCAAAGCCGCGCGUGUGCUCACGGAUAUGGAGAAGUAUUUGUGGGCCUCAGAGUUCAUACAAAACGCUGUCUUCAUAUCAUUCAAUCAGACUAAUGAAGAACAGAUCGAAAGACUAUCAAUGAUUGCAGAGUUGUAUUCAAAUAUCGGUUACUCAAGAAAAGCAGCGUUUUAUCGUCGGUUUGCGGCACUCAAAGCCGUGUCACUGCAUCUCC